GUCAAAAUUUCAAGAAUAAUAAGUGAUUUGCAGUUUUCGGUAUUAACCGUGUAGUCAACGUAUUAAAUUUGUUUCUGAUAGGAAGAAAGAAACAGAGUGAAAUUUAUUCAAAAAUAUUAUUAUUCGAAUAAUUAAUUUUUAAAAAUCUUAAAAUUUCUUUAUUUUUAAUACAUUUGAACUCCAGCACCUAAUUUAAGUGAUAUUAAAAUGAAUAUAACAUCGGCUGCGGGCAUAAUCUCGCUCCUAGAUGAGCCUAUAGCUGAUUUAAAGGUAUUUGCUUUAAAAAAGCUAGAUUUUAUCGUCGAUGAAUUUUGGCCAGAAAUAUCGGAAUCCAUUGAGAAAAUUGAAAUGCUGCAUGAAGAUCGUAGCUUUCCAGAAAAUAAGUUAGCUGGUAUGGUUGCUUCCAAAGUUUUUUAUCAUCUUGGUUCAUUUGAAGAUGCUUUAACAUAUGCCCUCGGAGCUGGUGACCUCUUCGAUGUGAAUGCACGUAAUGAGUACACUGAAACUAUAAUAGCUAAAUGCAUAGACUUCUACAUUGCGCAACGAGUUGAAUAUAUUGAAAAUCCUAAGGAAGCUAAGUCAGUUGAUGCUCGAUUGGAAGGUAUUGUUAAUCGCAUGAUUCAGAGGUGUUUGGAUGAUGGCCAAUAUCGACAAGCACUUGGCAUCGCAUUGGAAACACGUCGUAUGGAUAUUUUUGAAGUCUCCAUUAUGAAGUCAGAUGAUGUUAGUGGUAUGCUGGCUUAUGCAUACAAUGUAACCAUGUCACUUAUUCAAAAUCGUGGUUUUCGUAAUGAAGUUUUACGUUGUCUAGUUGGUCUUUACCGUGAUUUAGGUGUUCCAGAUUAUGUGAAUAUGUGUCAGUGUCUAAUUUUUUUGGAAGAUCCCUUAGCUGUAGCAGAGGUUCUUGAUAAAUUAACACGUUCAUCGCAAGAACCUAACAAUUUAAUGGCUUAUCAGAUCGCAUUCGAUUUGUACGAAUCUGCGACUCAAGAAUUUUUAGGAAAAGUACUACAAGCAUUAAAAGAAACUGCGCCUAUACCAACGGCUUUGCCAAGUACGUUCAAGCCCCAGGGUACUAAUUCAUCCGAUGAUUCCUCAAAAACAGACGAGGAAAAGGCAAAAGAAAAAACCGAAAAAAGUGACGAAGAUACUAAUGAAGAUUCUAAAAUUGAACGAACAAUAGAUUCACUUAACGAUUCAGAAAAAGCUCACCAGAAAAACAUUGAAAAGCUUAUAUCUAUCCUCUCGGGAGAAUUAACAAUUAGCCUGCAACUUCAGUUUCUUAUUCGAAGUAAUCACGCUGAUAUGCAAAUCCUGCGCGGAACUAAAGAAGCUGUGCGUGUGUCGAUUUGUCAUACUGCCACGGUUAUAGCAAACGCAUUUAUGCAUAGUGGGACAACCUCUGACCAAUUUCUACGUGAUAAUUUAGAUUGGUUGGCAAGGGCUACUAAUUGGGCAAAGCUUACAGCGACUGCAUCUUUGGGUGUUAUUCAUCGGGGUCAUGAAAAAGAUUCACUAGCUCUUAUGCAAAGUUACCUGCCUAAAGAAACUGGCCCUAGCUCUGGUUACUCUGAAGGAGGCGGAUUAUAUGCGUUAGGUUUAAUUCAUGCCAAUCAUGGUACAAACAUUAUCGAUUACCUUCUGCAACAAUUAAAAGAUGCCACAAACGAAAACGUUCGUCAUGGUGGAUGUUUGGGGCUUGGUUUAGCUGCAAUGGGUACUCAUAGGCAAGACUUAUAUGAACAACUUAAGUUUAACCUCUAUCAAGAUGAUGCUAUAGUUGGAGAGGCAGCAGGUAUUGGCAUGGGUAUGGUUAUGCUUGGAUCGAAAAAUGCACAAGCGAUAGAAGAUAUGGUCUCAUAUGCUCAAGAAACACAACAUGAAAAAAUUCUGCGAGGCCUUUCUAUUGGUAUUUCUCUUACAAUGUUUGCAAGAUUGGAAGAAGCAGACCCUCUUGUAACAAGUUUAUCUACAGAUAAGGAUCCAGUUUUACGUCGUUCUGGUAUGUAUACAAUAGCAAUGGCAUAUAACGGUACUGGCAGUAACAAGGCGAUACGCAAAUUAUUACACGUUGCUGUGUCCGAUGUUAACGAUGAUGUGCGUCGAGCUGCAGUCACGGCUAUCGGUUUUAUAUUAUUCCGCACACCUGAGCAAUGUCCGUCUGUUGUAAGCUUAUUAGCCGAAUCAUAUAAUCCCCAUGUAAGAUAUGGAGCAGCAAUGGCGUUAGGUAUAGCGUGUGGUGGUACUGGAUUGCGAGAGGCUAUUGCUUUGUUAGAACCAAUGGUCAAAUUCGAUCCUGUGAAUUUUGUUCGUCAAGGUGCACUCAUUGCGUCGGCAAUGAUAUUAAUACAGCAUACUGAUCAAACUUGUCCAAAAGUAGCUUACUUUAGGCAAUUAUAUGCAGAAGUUAUAAGUAACAAACAUGAAGAUGUAAUGGCAAAAUAUGGUGCUAUAUUAGCUCAAGGUAUUAUUGAUGCUGGAGGUCGUAAUGCCACUCUGUCCUUGCAGUCUAGAACAGGUCACACGAAUCUUCAAGCUGUUGUUGGUAUGUUAGUUUUUACGCAAUACUGGUACUGGUUCCCGUUGGCACAUGCGUUAUCAUUAGCUUUUACACCUACUUGCGUCAUUGGCUUAAACUCUGAUUUGAAAAUGCCAAAAAUGGAGUUUAGAUCUUCCGCCAAACCAUCACUUUACGCUUAUCCAGCGCCAUUGGAAGAAAAAAAAUCAGAAGAACGAGAAAAGGUGGCAACUGCAGUAUUAUCAAUUGCCGCAAGACAAAAACGUAGGGAGACCGCGGAUAAAAAAGAGGAAGAAAAAAUGGAUGUCGAUGAAGAUAGUAAGGAUUCUAAGAAGGAAGAAGAGAAAACGAAAGUUGAUGAAAAACCAGAUGAUAAGAAGAAAAAAGAUGAUAAGAAGAAAGAUGAAAAGGAGAAAGAAAAGAAAAAAGAAAGUGAAAAGGAUCUUAAACCAUCAACUAGCAGCUCAGCUUUAGAAAAAGAUAAAAGUGAUGAUAAAAAAGAUAAAAAAGAACCAGAACCUAAUUUUGAGUUAUUACAAAAUCCCGCUCGUGUUAUGCGUCAGCAAUUAAAGGUCUUAUGUGUGGCUGACGGACAAUCUUAUAAACCAUUAAAAGAUGUUACCAUAGGUGGUAUUAUUGUCAUGCAACACACUGGUAAAACACCCGACCAGGAGUUGGUAGAACCAGUAGCUGCAUUUGGACCUAAAAAUGAAGAUCUUAAGGAACCAGAACCACCAGAGCCAUUUGAAUACAUCGAAGACUAAAUGGAAAUGCUAUUCAUAAUCAUUUAAUCGAAGAAUAUGAUCACUAAAAAAAUAAAAACAUCAACUUAAAACUAACAAAUUA